AUGCUGGGCUGGUGUGAAGCGAUAGCCCGUAACCCUCACAGAAUCCCAAACAACACACGGACACCAGAGAUCUCAGGGGAUUUGGCUGAUGCCUCACAAACCUCCACGUGGAAUGACAAAUCCCCAGGGAGAUCUGCAAGUCGAUCCAGUAACAUUUCAAAAGCGAGCAGCCCAACGACAGGGACAGCUCCCAGAAGCCAGUCCAAGUUGUCUGUGUGUCCAUCAACUCAGGACAUCUGCAGAUCUGCCAUCUUGCAUGACAUGUCAGAAGAUGCAUUUGAGCACUGCACCCCUGUCAUAGUGCUGAGCCCUGCUAGGAAGGAGUCUGGUAAGAAACCAGUAAAGCAGAGGCCGAGGAGGAGGAGAAGGGCCUCUGAGAGAUAUGAGCAGGCAGAAGAACAGGUCAAAGGGAGAAGAAGUGAUUUUCACCUCCAAAUCUCAAGCCCCAGAUGGAAGGAGCUUUACACAGAUUCUUCAGAUUCAUCUUCCACAGAUGAAAAUCACUGGAUUCAGGCAAAAAGAAGAGCUCAGGUUAAAUUCAGACUGUCAAAAAGAAGAAAGAGAAAUAAUAAUAAGCCAUGUGGAAACAUGGAUGGGUCUUCCACUCCUAAGGGAACUGAGCUGGUCGAUUUGAGAUCCAAAGGUAUAAAGCAGCAAGAGCUGAUGGAAUGUGAGAGUUGCUCUUUAAAUCUACGCAGAGGAAAAGGCACAAGGUACCGAGAAUGCGGUCUUACCCAGCCUAGAGGACCCUGUGAGAUGAAGAAAUCCUCGAGCAACUAUGAGGAGAGCAAAGGUAGAUAUCAUCACAGAGAUCCUCAGCUCUUGCAUAGUCUUAGGCAAAGUGAAACAAUCAAGAAAAGAUUUCCAGAAGCCGAUUCCAGCACUGAAAUACUGGCAGUUACAAAAAACAGCAAGUCCAUGGAUGAUGCAGGGCUCCAGGGGAAUAAUUCUGUUCAGAAGCCUCCAGCCACCUGUGAGGAUGGGUCUGAUAAUUUAGAAGUAUGCAGGAUCUGUCACUGCGAAGGGGAUGAAGAGAGCCCCCUCAUCACACCCUGUCGCUGCACGGGGACCCUGCGCUUUGUCCACCAGUCCUGCCUCCACCAGUGGAUCAAGAGCUCUGACACACGCUGCUGUGAGCUCUGCAAGUAUGAUUUCAUAAUGGAGACCAAGCUCAAACCCCUCCGGAAGUGGGAGAAACUACAGAUGACCACGAGUGAAAGGAGGAAAAUAUUCUGCUCUGUCACAUUCCAUGUAAUUGCAAUCACCUGUGUGGUCUGGUCUUUGUAUGUACUGAUAGAUCGGACAGCGGAGGAAAUCAAGCAAGGUAAUGACAAUGGUGUCCUUGAAUGGCCAUUUUGGACAAAACUGGUUGUGGUGGCCAUUGGCUUCACGGGAGGUCUCGUCUUCAUGUAUGUACAGUGUAAAGUCUAUGUUCAGUUGUGGCGCAGGCUGAAGGCCUACAACCGUGUGAUCUUUGUGCAAAACUGUCCAGACACUGCCAAAAAACUGGAGAAAAAUUUCUCGUGUAAUAUAAACACAGACAUCAAGGAUGCCGUGGUAGUGCCUGUAUCACAAACAGGUACAAAUUCACUGCCAUCUGCAGAGGGCAGUCCCCCUGAAGUUAUACCAGUUUGA